AAACCCGACCCGCUCGCCGCGUCGCGCGACACGUACCGCAGCGCGCUCAAGCUCCUGCAGGACCCGCUCCUGCCCGUGCGCGCCCAAGGCCUGCACCUCUUGCGGUCACUCGUCCUCGACAAGGAACACGCCCUGCUCAGCACCGACCCGGCGUUGCUCCCCGCCGUCCUCGACAUCUUUGUCGCCGCGCUCGAGGAGGAGGACUCGUUCCUGUAUCUGAACGCGGUCCAGGGCCUGAGCAGCCUCGUCGACGUCUUUGGGCGGCAGGUCGUCGGACGGCUGCUCGAGGUGUACACGGGCAGGCGUCGGGACGAGACUGCGGGGCCGAGGGAGGUGGGUCAGGGCGAGAGGGGCAUGAGGGAGCUCGACAAGCGGUUGAGGGUCGGCGAGACGCUCACGCAGGUGGUUCAGCGUGCGGGCGAGGCUCUC